AUGAACUCACAACAAGUACAACAAUAUAAAGAGGAACAAAGAAGACAACAAGAAGAACAAAGACAACAAAUUAUUGAUUCUGUUCUUGAACCAGCAGCAAAAGAAAGACUUGCUAGUAUUGCUCUUGUUAAACCAGAAAAAGCAAGACAAGUAGGUGAUAUGAUUUUGAUGAUGUGUCAACGUGGACAAAUGACUGGAAAAAUCAAUGAGGGUGGAUUAAUUUCAAUGAUUGAUCAAAUCAAUGAAAAAACUUUUUCACCAUCUACAUCAUUUGAUUGGAAUACAAUUAAUAUUGAUCGUGUAUGUUCAUGUUCAAUUGAUACUACUUGUUCAGUUUGGUCAGUAGAAACUGGUCAAUUAGUAAAAAAAUUAAUUGCACAUGAUAAAGAAGUUUUUGAUGUUUCAUUUGCAGCUAAUCCUGAUAUUUUUGGAACAGUAGGUGGUGAUGGAUCAUUAAGAAUGUUUGAUUUACGUUCAUUAGAACAUUCAACUAUUUUAUAUGAAUCACAAGGUCUUGUUCCUUUAUUACGACUUCAAUGGAAUAAAUUUGAUCCAAAUUUCAUAGCUACAUUUGCUAUGGAUAGUGAUAAAGUAAUUAUUAUUGAUGUUCGUCAACCUGCUAUUCCUUAUACUCAACUAAAAGUUCAUAGAAAUAGUGUUAAUGCUAUUUCUUGGGCACCUAAUAAAGCUACACAAUUAUGUUCUGCAAGUGAUGAUCAUAAAGCUCUUAUUUGGGAUAUUGCACCUAUUGCUGAAGGAGCUGAUCCUCAAGUAUUACAAUAUGAAGCUGAAGCUGAAGUAAAUAACAUAGUAUGGGCAACAUUAUAUCCAGAAUGGGUUUGUGCUUCUGUUGGCAAUCAAAUUCAAGCAUUAAGAGUUUAA